AACCUCUCGUGGUGCGGCAGCAGAAAGAAGAAGAGUCACGAAUGCAGCUGCGAGGCACUAGCUGGAACGACACUGUUCAGGACACAACGCUUUCUAGGCAACUUAAGGUCUCGUGGAGCAUCCGUCCACGCCUCCACUAUAAUCCCGGGCACCAAUGCAAUCGCCACGAAGUACAGACCGCAACAUACGCGAACCAUCGCCUCGAACUCCGGAACCAGUACAUAAGCCAAGAAGUACGGCACAGAUCGGAACAUCAUCGACGCCACAGCCCGUCCAACCACGACAACUGCACCAUACUGUCGUUCAGGACAAAAGCAAACCGGUACAGGAACAGCCAGUUUCAGUGCACAGCAGUCCUAAACCCAAAUCACCGACCGGGGCAUCAGCGAUUCUCCCGCCACCAAAUCAGGGUGCUCCGGGAGAUUUGAGCAGUCCUAAACCCAAAUCAACGGCCGGGGCACCAGGGAUUCUCCCGCCACCAAAACAGGAUACUCCGGGAGAUUUGAGCAGUCCUAAGCCCAAAUCAACGGCCGGGGCAUCAGGGAUUCUCCCGCCACCAGAACAGGAUACUCCGGGAGAUUUGAGCUUCUUGGACGACAGAGGUCGACUAAUCAUAUACUGUACGGAACAAAGAAGUGAAGAUGGUGAUUGGCUCCUUGUGUGCAACAGUGAUGGUGACUCGAUCUGUUCCUUCAAACUUGAGCGAAAUUGCUGCGAACGGCUCUGGUGCCUGGGAAACGCCAGUUGCACCCUGCAUGGUCUGGAUGCUAAGAGUCGUCCCGUCUUGGAGCUGUACCGACCGCUACGAUGCCAGAGCGGAGCCCGAGGAUAUUGCUGCUGCGGUUUUUCCAGACAGGAAAUGCACGUGAAAGAUGCCUCUGGUGAAGCCAUCGGGUUUGUGUUCGAGGACGCCACCUGGGGGGCACUAUCGCUGUCCAUCUGUGAUCCAUCCAGAAAACCCUUCCUAAAAGUGGACGGGCCUUGCUUCUCAGCGUGUACCGCCCACGACGUAGUUUUUCAGUUGCGAAGCUCAAGCGGAGAGAUUGUGGGCUCUAUAAUUCGAGAAGACGACGAUCUUGGUAUGGACUCCCUCGUCUUGUCAUUUCCACGCAAGCUGAGCAGAACAGAGAAGGCCUGCGUACUCGCCAGUGGCUUGUUAGUGCGGUUCAUGGUGUGUGGUUUAGGCAACUGCACUGGUUGCUUUAUGUACUGCAUAUACAUUGCAAUAUCUAUAGCGACCGCACCGAUACAACGGCGCAUAACACAUCCGGGGAUGCGGUACUAGAACGAUCCGUAGUGGAGUGUCGUCGUUACCCGCACCACGCUGUCAUCGACUUGCCACUGCCGGUUCAAUAUAAUACUUGAUUGAAAUCUGCUUUGCAAUGUUUUAUUGUUCAUGUGUCCAACUCGUCCCACAUGUACACUGCCUUUGCAUGUACGAACUUCCCAAGAAACGGACAACCUCACCGCAGAUAGUAUUCUUCGCUGAAGCUUAUCUCCCUCAGUGUGGUGACCGUGAGAUUAUCGCUUUUCCCGUCGAGGCAGUUUGGAAUACCGGAGACAGCGGUACUGUUUGGCCGUCAUAUCCUGAAAAAUGAAUUCAAUUUUCUUUCACAUCGGGACAAUCUGAAGGUGUCGGUUACGAUAUGUUAUUCUCUGUUUACGUGCACGCCUUGCACGUCUAUGCACGCUUAGUAGAGAUGUGGUCUUCGUGCUUGCUGUCAUGUCGUCGUCGUACUGGGAGGAAGCAUCGCAAGUCACCGUGCAAGUCAUUCCCGAUUAAGGGAAUAUUCAGUGCGAUAUUCAGUGUCAAUAAUAGAUUUAACAGGCCGCCUUUGCAUCUGCGAUAUGAUGCCGUGCACAAUAUCAUGCCGUGCAUUUGUCAUGGCACACGCGCGACGUUACCGGAGCUCCGUUUGCGAAUCGCCGGUACGGAUCUCCGAGAACUGCCGUACCGCAUUCGACUAGUAUAUCUGUGAAGUCAAGCGGAUCGCGGUGCCCCGCUAGGAGACCGG